AUGCUUACCACUCUCCUAGUUGCAUCAUCGCUGCCUCUACUCGCUGUGGCGCAGAGCGCAGCGAGCCUUGCAUAUACUCCCGUCUAUGGCGCAUGUCCGAGCGGGUUUACUCUUGUUCGACAAGCGGGCUCCAGUGCUGCUGGCAAUCAGACUCUAAAUCCUCAAGAAACUGCAUACAUCAGCAGCCGCAAAUCAAAUGUCUUACCUAAUGCAUGGAAGACCUAUCUCUCUAACAUCGAGGCUACUGAUGUGUCAUUACCUUCUUAUGUCUCUGACAUACUCAGUGGCGACAGCGGUGACUAUCCCAACUUGGGUAUUGCGUGCAGCGGAGGAGGCUGGAGAUCUGCCAUGUUCGGCGCUGGUGUCAUGAGUGUACUGGAUAGUCGUAAUGCAGCGUCUGCUGCGUUAGGCACAGGUGGGUUGCUUCAGGCAGCCCAGUACCUUACAGGUCUUUCUAGUGGAUCGCUCCUGGUAGGAACGUUGGCUCAGGCAAAUUUCCCUACUAUGCAUGACCUAAUCUUUGGCACGAAUUCGACGGACCCCACAAACGCAUGGGGCGGAUGGUUUGCGCAGCUCAGCCGAGCGGCUCCAUACACCAACGCGACUCAGAACGCGGAGUACAUCCAAUUACUUGUUGACGAAGUGCGAGGAAAGUUUGAGGCGGGGUUUUCUGUGUCCUAUGUGGACGUGAUUGCGCGCGACAACGGGCGUCAUUUUGUGAACGGGACUGAUAUUAAUAACUUCUACGAUGAGUUCCUGGUGCACGGAGCGGGAUAUACCUGGUCUGCCGUCGCAAAUGUCUCAACUUUCAUGGCAUACGAGCAGCCAUUCCCCAUUAUCCUUGCGACACUGUUGUCUCCCAAUGGAAAUCUAUCCACCGUCGUCCCGGGCUUCCUUAUUCCAACCUCGAACCCCGUCGUGGAGCUCAACGUUUUGUGUGUUUCAGAUGAAAUGGGAUCGUACGAUCCCACCCUUGCCGCGUUUACGCCAAUGAAAUACCUGGGAACGGCGAACGAGUCCAUCUGUGCCACCAAUUUUGAUCAAACUAGCUUUAUCAUGGGAGCUUCUGGUGAUGCGGAUAUUUUCUUUAAUACAUCGGAAUCGACCCUCAUCAACUCCCCGAUGUAUCCGAUACUCGAGGUUCUCAAUAAUACAAUUCCCCAAACCGGCGUUGUCCUUGAUGGCACGCUCUUCCCAAACCCUUUCCUUGGCCCCGCUACAGAGGGCGCGUUCAUUGACGCGGAUGAAACAAUACUCGCGCUGUCUGACGGAGGAAGCAGUGGAGAAGUAAUUCCAAUUCAGCCUUUGCUGGUUAAGGCGAGAGGGGUUGACACCAUUUUUGCCAUUGACGCUAGUCAAGACUUGGAAAAUGCAUAUUGGUCAGCUGGUGGAUCUCUGAUUAACACGCAGAACCGAGUCAACACACUGUUUCCCACUGCUUACUCGUUCCCUCCUGUCCCAACCAAUAUCUCCGAGUUCAUUGCCCAGAACCUCUCUACCAGGCCGACUUUCUUUGGAUGCGAUUCCAGCACGGAGGCACCGUUGCUCAUCUAUCUAGCCAACGGUGGUCCGCCGAGGGAUGGCGAGACGUCACUGACGAAUGUCGCGCCACUUAACGUCACAACCGAACAAAUGCAGGCGUUCCUCGACCAGACUUAUAUGAUCGCUAUGCAAGGAAACUCGGCAGACCCGAGUAGUGCAAUUGACCCCGAGUGGCCCGCGUGCCUUGCAUGCGCAGUUGUGGACCGUGCGCGGAAUAGGACUGGGGCGGAUAGAAGUGGGAUUUGUUGUAGCUGCUUUGAGCGAUACUGCUGGAAUGGCUCGACAUAUGGGCUAUAA